GCUCCACGAUCACUGCCGUUUGUUUUUUUUUUUGCGUUUCGGAUCCGUCCUUUCCCUCCGCCGCUCCCCCUGCCUUCGUCCCCUCCGCCUGUCGUCUUUGGCUGUCGCCCCCUCCCCCACACGCACACCUACUCCCCCCCCUCCCCAGCCUACCCUUUGAACCAUGCGGGGUGGACGCCGCUCCGGUGGCGGCGGCAUGAGAAGCAGCUCGCGCUCUCGAAGCCGAUCAUACUCCCGGUCCUCCUCGCGACGGCGCUAUCGGUCGAGCAGCAGCACCUACUACUCGUCCGGAUCCAGCGCCGACUGCGAUUGCAGCUGCUGCGGCGGGCUUUUCUGCCGGGCCAUCUACUGUUGCGGGCCCCCGAAGAAUUCGCCGCUGCCGCGGAUUGUCGUCGCCCAUCGGAUGAUCUGCUCGUGGUUUUGCUGGUGGGGCUUCAUCCUGUCCUUCGUGGCCAUGCUGGCCUGCGUGUCCUUCGUGCCGCUGUACACAUCGCGCUCGUGGUCCCUCCCGCCGGCCGGGACCUUCACCAUCAAGGUGAAUCCCCACUUCUUCGACGGGGUGACCCCCCUGUCGGGGUCGGCGGUGCAGGCGUACUUCCUGCCGGCGGCGGAUGGCCCGCCGGAGCGGGUCAGCCAGCUGACCGGCGACAUGGUCACCGAGGUGGAACCCCCCGGCGGGGGGUUCUAUCGAGCGAUGGAGGUCUACCUGCCGGCCGGGGCGCGGGUGACUUCGAUCCUGGCCGGGCAGGUGUCCUGCCCGUUGGAUUAUCUCAUCAUCCGGGGGAGCACCAACUUCGACGAUUGGGCCUAUGGCGAUUGGGUGCCACUGGAGUGGGAGGGCAAGCUGUGGCCCGGGCAGGAGCCCUUGACCGAGUGGCUGCCGGUCAGCCGGUCGGACCACUACUUCUUCGUGGUGUACAACUCGCUGUCCGGGCCCUGCGGCGCGGGGCCGCUUCACUUGCAGCUGUCGACGGAGGCCCCGGCGCACCGGCUGCCUCCCGCUCGGCGGGUGGCCCUGGGCCAGAGGGCGGCCGUGUCGAAUGCCGACCCGGGCAUGGGGACGAUCAUCUUCCACACCUCCAGCUCGCUGGAGUACCAUGACGCGCGGGUGAGCUACUCCCGGCGGCCGGGGGCCCUGGACCUGGUGCUGGGGCUGAGCAUCGGCCUGCCGUAUGGGCUGGCGGUGGUGGUGGCCCUGGUCAGCUGGCUGGUGAUGCGCGUGAGCAUCGCCCGGGAUCCGGACCUGCUGAAGAGCACGAACCGGCGGCUGCCGGUGUUCGACGAGAUCCGGGAGAUCAGCGGCCCGAUGCGGCCGAGCAACAGCGCGGCCGAGGAGCUGCCCACGUCGGAGGAGCUGUUUGCCAUGUCCGCCGACUUGGAGUCCCAGGCUCGGGGCGCCGCCUCGAAGCCGGUGGCCGGCUCGAGGCCCGCCAGGGCGGUGCGCUUCGCCGACGAGGACCCCGGGCCGUAUGCCUCGAAGGAGAUGUCCCUCAUCUCACCGGGUGCUUCGUCGGUGAGCUUCCAGGCCGGCGACGAUGGCGCGGACGAUGGGGAGGGCGGCAUCAUGCUCGUGCCUCUGACCGAGAGCCUGCCCCCCGGUCUGCCGUCUUCCGGUGGGCCGGGCGGCGGGGGGCCGGCCGGGGCCGAAGUGUCCCCGGACCGGUCGGUGCCCGACAUGCCGAUGUCGUCGCCGCCGCCGCCGUACUCGGCCGAGUCGUCGCCCUCCUCGGCGGAUGACGGCUGGUCCAAGUACUAAACGCCGUGUGUUUUUGCGAUUGGGAAUAGACUUUCCUCUGUCUG